AUGAGCCGCGGACGUGUCGCAUUCUUUCUCUUCCUCAUUGCCCUUCUGACGGCGGCUCUUAGCGUAAAGGCUCUCAAGUGUUAUCAGUGUGAGUCUCUUAAGCAGAAGGGAUGCUACCCUUUGGAUACGAAAUUGAUCAAACCGACAGAAUGCCCUUUGGGCUCUCAAGUUUGCACCAUUCUUAGACAAGAAGCCCAAUUCAAGCAAGUCUACGGUGAAGAGCAGGAACCCAAAGUUCGCUACCUUCGUGGAUGCUCUAGCGAGGAGUCAAAGGGCUCCUACUACUGCGUGGAGCGCGCUGGCACCGGAAGCAAUACCAAGAAUAAGUACUGCACCUGCGAUUCGGAUGCCUGCAAUCCAGCUGUUAAAAAUGCAGUAUUGCGUGGUGGACUAACUGUCCUGAUGCUUCUACUUAUCUCCAACCUACAGUAA